UCCCACUUUCCAGGUUUGUGCGGUUAACGCUAUCAAAGAACUUCAUUAGUAAACCUCCCGUCGGACGCCGGCCGGACCUACGGCGACUUUUCUCAUCAAUCAAUGGCCUUAAGAUAUCUAUUCAACAGAACUAUCUCCAUGCCCGCCGCUAUCGAUGAAAACACGCUCUUCGAAGAUCCUAAUAACACCAGAAGAACUCCGUUAUCUGCUGUAGCGGAAGCCUUCGAAGAUCUUUCAAAAUUAGUCAAUAGUACCGGAAACACCUCCGGUAAUCUCAGAUUGAAAACGUUCUGCGAUGCAUGCUCUUUAGUUUCCGUCUUGUUCGGAUCUCUCGGCAUAGCUUUCAAAUUCGCCGAACUUGAAUACGUCUCUAAGGUAGAUAAUCUUAUGGAAGCGGCAAAGAGAUACGAGAAUUUGAAUAUUAUCAUUGAUAUUGAUGUUAAAAAUGAUUCAGUAAGAACACCUGGAAGUAAUUCACGCAAUCUAAGGAGAGUUAGACAGGGGCUUGAUCUAAUUAGAGCUAUUUUCCAGAAUUUCUUAUCAUCAGAAUUUUGUUCACUUAAAGAUGCAGCAUCAACAGCUUAUGCUGAUGUUUGUGCACCUUACCAUACAUGGGUAGUUAGAACUGCAGCUUAUGCUGGUAUGUGUGCUCUUCCAACAAGAGAACAACUUCUACUCAAUUUGAAUGUAACCGAUGAAUUGGCUGAGAAAGAAAUGAAACGAUAUAUCAAAGCUUCGCUGCCUGUUAUACAAUACAUUGACAAAUUGUAUGUGUCGAGGAACAUUGGCUUAGAUUGGUAGUGCCACAGCACAAACCAGGUUAGAGGUUUUCGCACCAUUAAUUUAUGAAGGUUUAGGUGCUUUGUAUUAUUUUUUCUGUUGUAAGUUUUCUCAUACUUCUUAUAGAUUAGUAGUUAAAUUAUGUAGACAUUGAAGAAUUUGAUUGAUGAUUAGAUAAGAGAUUGGUCGGUAUGCUUGUGUUAUUUGAAUUUAACUCAAAUAACCCGAGUAUCCCAUCACCAAUGUUAUUAUCAAAAAUAUUGUUUGAAUCAUAAA